AUGACUCGUCAAGUUCGUGGAGCUGUCCAUCCAAUGGUCAAGCUCAGAAAUGAGAUCACUAUCCCCAUUGACAGCCAACUCUAUUCUUACUGCUCCCGUAUGAAACAAACUCCAGUACGAUCAAUGUUAAUGGCCCACGGCUGCUGCUUUGACUUCUUUGAGAAAGGGAUUUGCAAAGCUGGAAACGAUUGCAAGUACUCGCACCUGAAGCCUGGUGACGAAAGAAACCUCGUCAUGGACUCCGAAGCCGGACUCCGAAGAAAGAAGUAUUAUCGUCCGGAAACUCUCGAGACCUACCGUCCAGGUAGCCAGGAUGUCAUUUGCUUCACCUUCGCUCGCAAGGGCUGGUGUAUUCAUGGUGACAAAUGCUGGAACCAGCACAUUGCACCCCCAGAUAACCUCUUUCAAGAACUCGGUCCCAGGACUCUAAAUGGUUUGCCUAUCUCCAAUAGCCCCUCCCCGGACCGGGACGACAUACCAAAUUUUCCGGACACUGGAUACGGAUCUGGAUUCGGGAUCACUCAACCUCUGGCUCAGCACCACUUGCUAACAAACACGCCUUCUCCUUCAGGCCUCACGAAUCCACACUGGUCUUCCUCUACGAUCUCUCCAAUGCAAACCGGACAGUACUCCGGACAAUACUCUGGACAGCACCCCGGACCAACCCUCGGACAAUAUCCUGGACAGCAUUCCGGGCACUCCGGACAGUAUUCCGGGCAGUACUCUGGACAGCAUCCCGGACAAUAUUCUGGACAGCACUCCGGUAGCUUCGGAAAGCAUAAGCAGUCCAAUGACCAGUUCAUUUCACGUGGCCACGCUCAAAACAAAGGGACUUACUUCUGCCACCCAGAUCCUCAGCGCACUGCCGCUCCAAACUGGCGUGUUCCAAACGCUUCAACUACUAACGCUACUAGCACCCCUUCUCCCGUUCAAGCUGUCCCGGUUUUCAAGGCCACCCCAGCUCCGGUUUUCAAGGCUACCCCAGCUCCAGUCCUCAAAGUUGCCCCAGUCCUUAAGGCCACUCCAGCCCCUAUUGCUAAACCACUUCCAGUUCAGGUUCCUGUUGUCAAGCCUGUUCCUACCCAAGCCACCGUCGUCAAGACUUCCCCGGUCACCGUUCAACCACAACCCAUUCGUUCUGCUUUGACAGAGUUCAACUGGCGUCCAGUUAUUCAUGACCAACCUUCCGAGUGGCGUAAGGUUAAUGGCACCAAGAAGCCCACUGCCACGGUCCCUCUUAACAGACCCGUCCUUCCUGCCCUCCAGAUUCCUACUCGCACUGGUGCUGGGAAUACUGGCAAUAACUACAACUACAAUUUAUUCGAUCUCUCCAAUGUCAAUGACCAACACAAAUAUCGCAUUGGAAGUUUUGGAAUCGGACGUGUUCAGCCCACCGUCCCAUCUAUGCUUCAUUGA